AUGAAAAUUAUCAAGAAGAGCUGCAUUGAAGUCACAACGAACGGUGUUACGCUUGACAGUGGCGAGAAGAUCCCAGCUGGUCUCGUCGUGUGGACUGCUGGAGUGGGACCAAACGAGCUUACUAAGUCUCUCACCGUGUUUGAGAAGAGUAAGCGUGGCAACAUCCUGACUAAUCAGUACUGCCAGGUGUUGGGGGCUGCAGAGGUUGAAGAGAAAGCCCCAUGGGGAAUGCCAUGCCGCUCCUACGUCUUCUCAAUUGGUGACUGCGCCGAGAUUUUGGAUUACCCGCUGCCAGCUACUGCCCAGAAGGCACAGUCUCAGGCAACCUACCUUACUUUGUUGCUCCGUGGCAAGAACCCGACGCCUGCGAAGCCGUAUACUUUUCAGAGCAAGGGCAUGAUGGCAUACUUAGGUUCUUAUGAGGGCCUUUUUGAGGCCCACCCCAGUAACGACGGCCGAAUAACACUUACUGGCUGGAAAGCCUGGUUCCUGUGGCGCAGUGCGUAUUUAACCAAGCUGGGAAGCUGGCGACUCCGUCUACAGGUGCCACUAGACUGGCUCAAGGCGGUCCUCGUGGGUCGUGACGUGUCUAAGUUUUAG